AUGUAUAAUAACAAACGAAAUACCUCCAUGCGAUAUAUUCCGGACGCUAGGAAACCGUUAGACCCUUUCGAUGCAAUUCGUAUAGACUGUGGCCAACUAUGCAAUACAACCAGAAAAGGUUCACCAGGACCAUAUUUUGAUCACAUAGCAACUUCAAUAAACUGUGGGAAAAUAUUUAGGAACGAAUAUAUAGACCGUGGACAUGGAUUACUGCAUACACCCAAAACAAUUCCGAAAAAUAUGGUGAAUGAAUUUACAAUGAAUAACCGGAUUCCAGUUAGCAAAUGGUACUGGGAUUCAGAACUAUAUUUGGGUAAAAAAGCAAAAAAACCGGUGUGGUCUGAGAAAUUGAUUGAAGACUGGAUAAAUAUGGCGAAACAAGGAAAGUUAUUCGGUACCUACGGACAUUCCGAGACGAAUGGUUUGAGAGAUGGAUUAAAACACGCACCACAUAUAAAAAACGGAAGAGUAAUGGUUAUUGGAUCAGAAAUCCCUUGGGUUGAGGCAUGCGUUUUAGAAGCAGGCGCACGCGAAGUUGUAACAUUGGAAUAUGGUAGUAUCGUAUCCAAACAUCCAAAAGUGAAAACUAUAGUUCCGUUUGAAUUUCGUAUGCGUUAUUUAAAUGAUAGUUUAGGAACAUUUGAUGCUAUUGUUACGUACAGUUCUAUAGAACACUCUGGAUUAGGUAGAUACGGUGACGCAUUGAAUCCAUGGGGAGAUAUUAUAGCAAUAGCACGUGCUUAG